AAUUUCAACCCACAAUUACAUUUCUAUCCUCAAUCAAGAUCUUGCAACAUCGAUGAAUUUGAUGCCGUAUCCACCACCACCUUCCACCUCCAAAAUCCCUCCUUAAACCCACAAUCAAAAUAAAAAACCCCCAAUUUUCCAAAUCCUUACAAUUUCCGCCAUUAAAAUGAAAAAAUUCAACCUCAAAAACUCACUCUAAUUCCCAAUUUUCGACAUGCCAUCAUCAUCUUUAACCUCAAUAAUCUUCUUUCGACAAUCUUAUCUUCUUCCCCCAAAAUUUUCCCCCAAACCCUAACCCUAACCCUAAAGAUUCUCUCUCCUCCAUGGAUCCUCCUCGCCGAAAUACUCGCGCAGUAAUCGACCCUAAAAUUCGGCAAGUAGGGUUUUUCGCGCCGGAUAGAACUCACUCAGAUUCUCUCUCCUCUUCAUCUUCAUCUUCUCCGGUGGCCGGAGUUUCUCCUUCCGGAAACUCUCUCUCUCCUGUGAUGAUUCCACCACCUCGACAUUGUUCGGAUACUCAGAUUCUUCUAACUUCUUCUCGUCCUGUGGGACCCCAUUAUCCUGCUGUACCUUCUUCGCCACUUCGUCGUCCUUUAUCCGACGUUGUUACUUCUCAUCUUGUUGUUGGAAGUUAUAAUCCUUCGGAUAUUCUUCCUGCUGAUUCGGAGAAUUCCGAGGAUGUUGUAGCGUCUCCUUCUGGUGCCGGUAGAGGAAGGAAAGGUGGGAGUAAGUUUGCUUCUUCGCUGCCGAGUGGCGGGUUUAAUUUGAUGGUUGGUAAGGCUGGGAGGAGUGGGAAUGGGAAUGGUGGUGUUGGAGGUGGUAGUAGUAGCUUGAUUUCGGCGUCUGGAGUUAAGGUGGCAACUGGGGUUUCAGAAAAAGCUGGAGAAGUAUCAGCAGAUGCCCAAAGUGAACCUGGCAAUGCCAAGCCAACAAAGGAGAAAUUGUCGAAAGCAGAAAGACGCGCCCUUCAAGAAGCCCAAAGGGCUGCAAAAGCUGCUGCAAAAGCUGAUAUGAGCAAGGCGUCCACUGGGGCUUCUGGAGGUGGGACUUUAGGAAGUUCUAAGCAGGCUAAAGUUAGGGCUUCUGCACAGAGUAAAGACAAUGCUUCUGUUGCAGCAUCGGAGAAGAAGGGUGGUGAUCGUCAGUCAGAGAAGGAGAGGAAGAAAGAUGUCCCUCAUCCUCGCAUGCAGUUUGAUGAUAAGACACGAGUGGAGAAAGCAAAAAAGAGAGCAGUUGUAAAGCAGACUGAAGCCAGAAACAGGGUUGAACUCUUUAGACAUCUACCUCAAUAUGAACAUGGAACACAGCUUCCUGAUCUGGAGGCAAAGUUUUUCCAACUAGAACCAAUGCAUCCAGCUGUUUACAAGGUUGGACUGCGGUACUUAACUGGAGAUAUAUCUGGUGGUAAUGCCCGUUGCAUUGCAAUGCUUGAAGCAUUUCAAGACGCAAUUAGAGACUACUCAACACCACCAGAGAAAGUUCUGGUUAGAGACCUUACUGCAAGAAUCGGUAGUUAUGUCUCAUUUCUGAUCGAAUGCAGGCCUCUUUCUAUUAGUAUGGGAAAUGCUAUUAGAUUUUUGAAGAAUCGAAUUGCCAAGUUGUCUUUGAGUUCAUCUGAGUCGGAAGCAAAGGCCUCUUUGCAAUCAGAUAUUAAUCAUUUUAUAGGUGAGAAGAUACUGAUUGCAGACAAAGUAAUAGUCAAACAUGCUGUCACGAAAAUCAGGGAUGGGGAUGUCCUCCUUACAUAUGGAUCAUCAUCGGCUGUGGAAUUGAUACUGCUACAUGCGCAUGAGAUUGGGAAACAAUUCCGUGUAGUUAUAGUGGACUCCCGUCCAAAGCUUGAGGGUCAACUUUUACUUCGCAGAUUGGUAGCCAAGGGUCUGAACUGUACAUACACACAUAUAAAUGCUGUUUCAUAUAGUAUGCAUGAAGUCACUCGAGUUUUCUUGGGGGCUGCUUCAAUUUUGUCGAAUGGAACUGUUUACUCAAGGGUUGGAACUGCAUGUGUAGCAAUGGUGGCGCAUGCCUUCCAUGUUCCAGUAUUGGUUUGCUGUGAAGCAUAUAAGUUUCAUGAAAGGGUUCAACUCGAUUCUAUAUGUUUUAAUGAACUUGGCGACCCUGAUGCAAUUUUGAAGGUUCCUGGUAGAACAGAAAUCAAUUACCUGAGUGAUUGGACAAGUAGUGAGAAUUUGCAACUUUUGAAUCUAAUGUACGAUACAACUCCUUCAGAUUAUAUUUCUAUGAUUAUUACAGACUAUGGCAUGAUACCUCCGACGAGCGUGCCAGUCAUUGUGCGGGAACAUCGCCGGGAACACUUGUGGAGCUAAGACUAGAGGACGGAUAAUAACCGCAUCACAUUUUUGUAUGGAGUGGUGAAGAUUGUAUCGCGAAAUGAAGACACAACAAUGAAAGCUUGAAUCUUCUACUAAUAUCUUCACACCAUGUUCUUAAAUUUUGGAAUAAUGUUUGCUUGUAUCCAAUUUUCCCUUAGUUAAUUUUUUGUUUUGGGUUUUUACCUGACUCUGUGAAGAGUGCGGAUUUUCGCCUCUCCGAGCAGUUAUAGUGAUGCAUUUGUGUGGCCCAUGUUUGUAGUGAUUCCAAUUUUUUUUCCCUCCCCAAUUUUUUUUUUUGUGGGGUCAAAAUGUACUUCUGGGAGUUCGUUGUAGCAAUCGGAGAGCUUAUUUGUUUUUUCAAAGUAAUCGAUUAUAUGAUAAUUUUGUUCGGCUUUUGAUAUUCUAUUAUUCUAUA